GCUGGCUAGGAUUCUGGGUACCCGAAGCUCUCUUUCCAGAGUCCUCUGUGUGUUUCUAAGAACAGCAGGAAAUGAAUACAUCUCUGCCAGUGACUCAAACCACCGAAAUGGGAUUUCUCCUGGACCCCUCCCUCUCUCUCAGCUUUAAUCUCAUCUAAGGCUACCUUAAACAUGUGUGUAACCUGGUUCAUCUAACACAUUAUUCCAGGGGUUGGUGUCAUUUGAGGAUGUGGCUGUGAACUUCACCUGGGAGGAGUGGCAGGACCUGGAUGAUGCUCAGAGGACCCUAUACAGAGAUGUCAUGCUGGAGACCUACAGUAGCCUGGUGUCACUGGGGCAUUGCAUUACCAAACCUGAGGUGAUCAUCAAGUUGGAGCAAGGAGCAGCACCAUGGACUGUAAAAGAAACCCCAGACCAGGGUUUCCCAGAUGUCCAGAUUGUGGAUGACCUGAUUGAGACCAGCCAGGAAAAUCAUGGUAGACGUUUGUGGCAAGUUGUAAUCACCAGCAACGAAACAUCAACUAAGGGAACAACUGACUUAGGAAAAACAUUUAAUCUGAGCCCAAUUGAUAUUUCAAAACUGAUGAUAAAUGAUGGUAACUAUUCAGAAAUGAAGUCAGAAAUGUUGAAUAUGUGUAAGAACACGUUUCUCCCUAGUGAGCCUGAUGAGAUGCAUGCUGGAGAGAAACCGGAGGACAGUAAUAGAACUGGGAAAUCCCUCAGAUAUGCUGAGUACCCUAGUCAUCAGAAGAAGAAUCAAACUCUGCAGCAACCUUUUGAAUGUAACGGACAAGGGAGAGACUUCAUCAAGGAAGCAAUAUUCUUUACACAUAGGAGGGUUCGUAUGGGUGAGAUGGCUUACAAAUACAAGAAAUAUUGGAAGGCCUGUGAUAAGUCAGCUCUCAUUGCCCAAGAGAGAACUCACAUAGGGGAGAAUCACUAUAGAUGUAACAAAUGGGGGAAUACCUUUUGUAAGAAACCAACACAGUUGAAUCUUCACAGAGCUGAUCUCCAGGGGCAACAGCAUAAAUGUAAUCAAAGUGGGAAUAAUUUCUGCCAGAAAUUACAUCCCACUCAGCUUCAGAGAAUUCAGUUAGGAGAGAAAACGUUUGAAUGUGAUGUAUGCGGUAAAACUUUCUAUAAAAAGUCUAAUCUCACUAAACAUCAGAAAAUACACACAGGAGAGAAACCCUAUGCAUGUGAUGAAUGUGAGAAAUCCUUCUGCCAUAAAUCAGACCGUACUGUUCAUCAGAGAAUCCACACUGGGGGAAAGCCCUAUGAAUGUAAUGAAUGUGGGAAAUCCUUCUGCCAGAAGUCAGCCCUCACUGUUCAUCAAAGGAUUCACAAUAGGGAGACACCUCAUGAAUGCAAUGAUUGUGGUAAAACCUUCCAUAAGAAGUCAGUACUCACUGCACAUCAGAGAACUCACACAGGAGAGAGACCUUAUGCAUGUAAAGAAUGUGGGAAAUCUUUUGGCCACCGGCCAGCCCUCACUGUACAUCAGAGAACUCACACAAGAGACAGACCUUAUAAAUGUAAUGAAUGUGGGAAAUCCUUCUGUGUGAAGCCAAAACUCACUGUACAUCUGAGACUUCACACAGGUGAGAAACCCUAUGAAUGUAAAGAAUGUGGUAAAACUUUCUACCAGAAGUCAAAACUCACUGUACACCAGAGAACUCACACAGGUGAGAAACCUUAUAAAUGUGACGAAUGUCAGAAAACCUUUUGUGAAAAGUCAACCCUCAGUAGACAUCAGAGAACACACACAGGAGAGAAGCCCUAUGGAUGUAAAGAAUGUAGGAAAACUUUCUUCCAGAAGUCAGCCCUCACUGUACAUCAGCGAACUCACACAGGAGAGAAGCCCUAUGAAUGUAAUGAAUGUGGAAAAACCUUUUGCCAGAAAUCACACCUCAGCAAACAUCAGAGGACUCACACAGAGGAGAAAUCAUGUAUGGCAGAGACUGGCUGUAUGUACACCCAAACUCACUUUCUUUUUCUUUGGGGCACACAGUUAGCCUGCAUUUCUCAGCCUUCCUUUACUGUGGGUGGGACCAUAUAACUGAGCUGUGGCCAGGAGAAUUUGAACACAAGCAAUAAACAUUAAUUCCAGGCCAGGCCACAAGAAAAAACCAAAAAACCUUCCAUGCAUUCCUGCUGACAUUUUAUGCCCUGUGGUUCUGAAGCGCAAAUCUGCUCCCCACACCCCCACCCCGUUUUGCCUUGGGAGCCACUGGGUGGAGAUGGCAACCAUGACUUAAGACAGAAAAAAUUGAUUAUGAUUAUGGAGAGCAGAAAUUUUCCCAACUCUACCAAAAAAAAAUGUCCAUUUGUGCUUUACCUGAGUGAGAAAUAAACAUUCACUGUUGGGCC